AUGGCAAGUUUAGCUGAACAGAUUUCUCAACUCACAAACACUGCUCCUAAACUAAUAGAUCCUGAAGAUGAUGUUGCUGAAGAAACAAGCGCAGUUAGAAUCAAUGAUGCAGAAGCUUAUCACCAAGACGACGGGGAAGAUCUUCAACAAACAAGUUUGCGACGACAAAAUAUUCAGUUAUUAUCUGAAGGUGACGUGAAGUACUCAGGAAAGAAAAUAUCACGCAAGAAAUUAAAGUCUGGUUUUGGUGAAAUAUCAGAUGAUGAACUUGAAUCUGACAAUGAUGAUGAUGACAGCUCUACAAGAGAUGAUGAUGAUGACAUCGCAAGUAUGGGCGCAGAAAGUGAUAAGGUGGCCUCUGAUAUGGAUGAUUCUGAUGGUGAUGAAGAAGAUGAAGAACUUGAUGAUUUCAAGGCUCAGAUGAAAAGAACAUCAACUGACUCUAAGACAGAACUAAGCUUUGAUGCUGAUGGUGACUUUGGACAGUAUGGAGAUGAAGAUGACAUGAGUGGAGUAUCUGAUGACGACAGUGAUGAGGAAGAUGAUGAAGAAGAUGAAGAGAUGACCAAGCCAAAUGAUACAAAGGAUGAAGAUGAUGAUGAUAUUGAAAAAUUCUCUAAAUCAAAUAUCGAAGAUGAGAUAGCGAAAGGUAAAGCGGCCAAAUGUCAGCUAAAUGUUUGGGACCAGCUGUUGGAGACGAGGAUAAAGCUCCAGAAAAACCUGGUGAUUGUCAAUCAACUGCCACUUUGUGAUACAUUGGAUGAGAUCAUAAAAGAAGGAGGGGAUGAUGUAAAAGAUGCCUCCACACAAGCCGUGAAAGGUCUUAAGAAGUUACUAGAUGCCUUAGUCCAGUUACAGAACACACUGAUGCUACAAUACAAGGAGACAAAGCACAUCGCUCUGGGGACACAAGGCAAAGAGUCUAAACCUAAAAAACAAAGUUUAUCUGAUGAAGAAAUUACAAGUGAGUCGGAGGAUGAGUCUGACGCAGAAACAACCAAUCAUAAAUCAAAGUCAUCAACCUUGAAACGGAAAAUAGCUCUUGAUGAUUACCCACAAUUCCUUUCCAAGCGACAUGCAGAUUUCAAAGUUUACAGGAAUGCUACAAUACAGAAAUGGUAUGACAAAACGAGGCUAGCGUCUGGAAAACUUAGCAGUAAAUCGUUUAGCGUCUUUGACCAGUCUGCUGUGAAACAGAUUGAUCAGAUAUUAUCAGAUAAACCACACCUGGUAAAGCGCACCCAAUUGAAACGCAGCCCCUAUAGAGUGUUGGGAGAUCCAUUAGAGAAACCAGCAGAUGCCGUAAAAGAUGAAAAUUUACAGGCUAGCAUUACACAGAAAGAGCAGCAAGCAAAGGAGCAAGAGUACAACACAGAGAUAUUUGAUGAUGAUGAUUUCUAUCAUCAGUUGCUACGGGAACUCAUUGAAAGAAAAACAACAGAUCUGCAAGAUCCUAUAGAACUCAGCAGACAAUGGCUAGAGAUUCAAAAACUACGAAACAAGACUAAGAGGAAAGUGGAUACAAGGGCUAGCAAGGGGAGGAAAAUAAGAUAUGAUGUCCAUCAAAAACUUGUCAAUUUUAUGGCUCCAGUUGAUAACAGCAGUUGGACUGAGGAAUCCAGAAAUGACCUGUACAGUUCUCUAUUUGGAAAAAGACAAGAAGGAAUAGACAAUGAUGUAAACAGAUGA